AUGUCCGUCCUUGUGCCAUCAUUUCAAUCAUCGACAAAUACUCAUUCACAAUAUUUUUCUACAAAUUCUAUUAAUGAAAAUUUUAAUCAAUCAACAAAACAUAUGUCUUUAAUAAAUCGUACCAAAUCAAAAUUAUAUGGUGACAAUCAUAAUAAUGAUCAUGUACCAUUUGGUGUUGUUAAUUCAAUGAAACAACGUUUACUCGAUAAAGUAAAUGAAUCAUUAUUAAAUAAUAAUUCAACAUUGAUACGUCAUCCAUUAUCAAAAUCAGCAUCACGUUUAUUAUCGAAUGAAAGUUUAAUUCCAACAAAUUCAAUAACAACAACACCAUUAAAACAUACAACACGUUUAUCACGUAGCCAAGAUAGUUUAUUAAAUAAUACUAUUGUAGAACAAUUUACAUCAUAUUUACAACCAAAACAAGAUGUUAUUAUUGUUGAUACAACUAAAUCAAAUGAUGAAAAUAUCUCAAUACAUAGACAUUCAUAUACAGAAUUAAACGUUGAUGAAGUACCAAAACCUGGUACGGUAACAACUGUGAAAAAUAUGUUCGAACGACAAAUCCGUUUAAGUCGAUUUGACAGUGAUAAGUUAUCUCAUGGAUCAAUAUCUACGAGUUCACGUGUGAAUAAUUAUUCUCAUCGAGAAAUUUUAAGUCCAAGUCGAUCACGUAGUAUAUCUCCAAAUGAUAUGGCUAUACGUCAACGACGAACAGCUUCUAUAUCUACUUCAAUUGUAUCAUCAUCAACAACAUCAUUAUUACCUGUACCAACAUCUUAUCCUGAUCUUGUUAUAUCACAUACACCACCUAUACCAUCUCUUAUUGAAUUAAAUAAAAUUUCUAAUGAACAAUCAAUAAUGAAUUUACAGAAUGAAAAUAAAAAAUUCGAUAUGCCAUUGAAUGAAAUAUCAAUUAUGAAUUCGGAUUAUAAUCGUCCAAAUCUAUUACUUACUUCGAAUUCAUCGUCAGAUAUAGCUGAUUAUCAACCAAUAGAUUUUAAAAGUCGUUUAGCUUUAUUUAAUCAUAAAAAAUCAACAGAACGAUCGAAUGAACAAAUUUCGAUUACGACAAAUAUGAAAAAACCUUCAACUCAUUCUUACGCAGCUCCACCACCGCCAUUAAAUUUUCUAACAAAACCAACAGUUCAUCAUCAUUCAGAAAAAAAAGAUAUUCCAUCCGAUGAUAUUACUCGAUCAUCAUUCAUUAGUACAACUAAAGCAGUGACAUUUUAUGGUGGAGCAAAACAUAAUGAAAAUAUCAAAUCAAUUCUACCAGCAUCCACAAUUUUACCAAUGCCAUCAAUCAUUAAAGAAGAACCAUCAUCGAUAUUACCAUUAAUUGAUUUAUUCCCUGUUCCAGAUAUUAUUGGUGGCAAUAUAAAAUUAAACAAAUCAUCUAUUUUUUCAGGAAUAAAAAAGGAUGCUCGAGUACAAUUUAUUGAUUAUAUUGAUACAUAUGAAUAUCCAUCAUUUACUGUAGCAAUGGCUGAAUUUAAUGGUACGGGUUCAGAGGAUGAAAACGAUGAUGAUGAUGAUGAUUCAUCAACUAAUAAUGAUAAUAAUAGUAUAAAAACAAAUGUUAUUGAUGAGAAUGCAAAUGAUCAAACUGAUGAUGAACUUGAACGAUUGGCACUUAUAAAUGCAAAAUUUAAUUCAAAUGAUCUCACAGAAAAGCCAUUACAACCAAAAGGUUCAUUACAUACAUUUCGUCCAACACAUCUUGUUCAAUAUGAAUUAGGUGCACAACAUGAUUCUUUAUCAUAUUCCAAUUCGUCAGAUAUAUUUUCUCAUGAUAACUAUUUUUCUUCAACAAAUAAUUUUACAAAUCAUUCCUUAAUAAAACAACAAAAAACACCAUUUGAUAUGCCAAAUAAUAUUCAAUGGAGUUCAAUGUCAACAACUACUGAUUUACUUUUUUGA